AUGACGGACGCGGAACGGCAGCGCUUCCACGGCGCCAUUCUGCAGCUGAAGCGCUCCGGAAAGUACGAUCAAAUAGCUCGUCAACACGCCUCUAUGGGCCAAUCCGGCGGUGCGCAUUCUGGCCCGGCAUUCCUGGCCUGGCAUCGAGAAUUUAUCAAACGAUACGAGUUUGAGCUUCGAAGAAUAGAUCCAGAUAUCUACAUUCCUUAUUGGGAUUCGACGCUCGAGUCUCGGCUGCCACGACCGCAAGACAGUUGUCUGUUUAGCUCUGAGCUGAUGGGCACGGGAUCGGGCAGUGUCACCUCUGGGCCGUUUGCUAACUGGAGAACGAUCGAGGACGCCGACAUCAACUCGGUGAUGAACCAGCGGACCAUCGAUCAAGUGCUGUGCUUCACGGCCGGGCAAGCCGGAUGCCCAAUUCGAACGGAUUUCAACUGUCUAGAGUAUACACACGGAAAUGUGCAUCUAUGGGUCGGAGGAGAAAUGUUCGACCAGAUGACGUCUGCGAAUGACCCGCUAUUCUACUUGCACCACUCGUUUGUCGAUUAUAUCUGGGAGGCAUGGCGUCAAUCUAGACAGACGCGCGCACAGCGCGAACAAGAUUUCCCGGCCGACAACCAGCUCUGCUCCAGCCCGCAACAUUUUGGAGCCGGUCGGAUGGCACCGUUCAACCCUUACAGAAACGUCGACGGACUGUCAAACAAAUACACCGACGAGCUCUACUCGUACGCCCCGCGCCCGACCUGUUCUCCGGCAAACCCGAGCUGCGGAAGCCGUUUCCUAUUUUGUGACUUCUCGCAUGGGGCGGCGCGUUGUGUCUCGAAAGUCAGGGUUGGAGGCAGUUGCCAAGGAUUUGUUCGGGGCGAGGAUUCGUGUUACAACGGCGUCUGCCAGGGAAGCGUCUGCAGGCCGGGGGCCGUUCGACCCAUCACCGUUGCCCCUUCCGUCACCGUACGCCCGCCAGUUAACGCCCCGAGAGCGGCGGACUGCUGGAACGAGAACCAAUGCUGCCAAACGUGGGCCGCCCAGGGCGAAUGCACACGAAAUCGGGGCUACAUGCAAGACUUUUGCAAGGCCUCCUGCAACAUUUGUACCCCGAAUCCGCCGAUUCGUGAUGACUGCUCCGACCGGCACCCGUCGUGUGGCUCUUGGGCGGCCACCGGCGAGUGCACCAAGAAUCCAGAUUGGAUGACCGAGAACUGCCGCCGCAGCUGCAACCGCUGCACGCGGACCCGAGCCCAGACUUGCUCACGCGCCAGCCAAAGCCAGGCGACCCCGGCCCCGAGGAAGCAACAAUGCGAGAACUCACCCGGAUGCUUCAACGAGUUCGCCUGUUGCCCGCUUUGGGCCAUCCAGGGUCAAUGUCGGACGAACUCGCAGUUUAUGACGUGCCAAUGCCGAGUAUCCUGUGGAAUGUGUUUCCCUUCGGAUUAUCCAUAUGGAGCAUGCGUCGAUUAUCACCGCGAUUGCCCCGCCUGGGCCCGCCUGGGUGAAUGCCGCAAGAACCCGUGGAUGGAGGAGAACUGCCGAGCAUCAUGCAAGACAUGCUUCGCCCAAUGGGAGCUGCGCUCGAUGUGCGGAUCUACCAGCAACGCAGGCGGCGAGGCCAAGCUGCGCCUGCACGAGGCAUGGCUCGUCCUGUCGCACGGGCCCGAGGCCGAGCACGUCAACCUAGGAGGAAACCGCCAGGCUUUCGGAGGUGACUGGGACGGCGCAGGCUUCGACGAUGGUUGGGGUGUCGGAGGCGCUGGAUGGGGAUGGGGAGGCUGGGGACGAAGGCGACGAGACGUCGGGAACACCACUUCACCCGAGAAC